GUCCCUUGCCUAGCCCUGCUUCUCCAAGCUUUCAGAAGUCUCAGGUCAGAGGCAGCCUCUGGGGCUCUUGUCUGCUGGGAUCAUGGACUGGCAGCAGCUGUGGCUGGCCUUCUUACUUCCCAUGACAGUCUCAGGCCGGGCUCUGGGGCCUACAGAGAAGGAGGCAGUCUUGGAUUACCUGUUGCAGUAUGGGUAUCUACAGAAACCUCUAGAAGGAGCUGAUGACUACUUCAGGCUAGAAGAUAUCACAGAGGCUCUAAGAACUUUCCAGGAAGCAUCUGAACUGCCCGUUUCCGGUCAGAUGGAUGACGCCACAAGGGCCCGUAUGAAGCAGCCCCGUUGUGGUCUGGAGGAUCCCUUCAACCAGAAGUCUCUUAAAUACUUGCUUCUGGGCCACUGGAGAAAGAAGCACUUGACAUUCCGCAUCUUAAACGUGCCCUCCAGCCUCUCACUCCCCAGAGUCCGAGCAGCCCUGCAUCAAGCCUUUAAGUACUGGAGCAGCGUGGCUCCUCUGACCUUCCGGGAGGUGAAAGCUGGUUGGGCUGACAUUCGCCUCUCUUUCCAUGGCCGCCAAAGCCCUUACUGCUCCAAUACCUUUGAUGGGCCUGGAAAGGUCCUGGCCCAUGCUGACAUCCCAGAGCUUGGAAGUAUACACUUUGAUAAAGAUGAAUUCUGGACUGAAGGGACCUACCAAGGAGUGAAUCUGCGCAUCAUUGCGGCCCAUGAAGUAGGCCAUGCCCUGGGACUUGGGCACUCCCGAUAUACCCAGGCACUCAUGGCUCCUGUCUAUGCUGGCUACCAGCCCUUCUUCAAGCUGCAUCCAGAUGAUGUGGCAGGGAUCCAGGCUCUCUAUGGCAAGAAGAGCCGGGAGACAGGAGAUGAGGAGGAAGAGACCGAGAUGCUCACUGUGUCUCCAGUGACCGAAAAACCCGGUCCCAUGCCAAACCCCUGCAGCAGUGAGGUGGACGCCAUGAUGCUGGGGCCUCGUGGGAAGACCUAUGCUUUCAAGGGUGACUAUGUGUGGACUGUAACAGAUUCAGGGCCAGGCCCCUUGUUCCGAAUAUCUGCCCUUUGGGAGGGGCUUCCUGGAAACCUAGAUGCUGCCGUCUACUCUCCCCGGACACGACGGACUCAUUUCUUCAAGGGAAACAAGGUGUGGCGGUAUGUGGAUUUCAAGAUGUCUCCUGGCUUUCCCAUGAAACUCAACAGAGUAGAACCCAACCUGGAUGCAGCUCUCUAUUGGCCUGUUAAUCAAAAGGUGUUCCUUUUUAAGGGCUCAGGAUACUGGCAAUGGGAUGAACUGGCCAGAACUGACCUUAGCCGCUACCCCAAACCAAUCAAGGAACUGUUUACUGGAGUGCCAGACCAACCCUCGGCUGCUAUGAGCUGGCAAGAUGGCCAAGUCUACUUCUUCAAGGGCAAAGAGUAUUGGCGCCUUAACCAGCAACUUCGAGUGGCAAAGGGCUAUCCCAGAAAUACGACACACUGGAUGCACUGUAGUCCUCAGACACCAGACACUGACUCAUUAACCAGGGAUGUUACUCCUUCAACCACAGACACAGUCUUGGGUACCACUCCAUCAACCUUGGCCUCCCUCUCAUUCUCUGCUAAUGUCACCCUGCUAGGGGCCUGAGAACUAUUCAGUGUUUGCUCAUUAGGGUUGUGCAGAUGUUACCAAAUGGGCACUAGGCCUAAUGCCCCUAGAUGUUCCACUUCUGGACACCACGUUCCUGUGUUCCUAGAAGGUGUCCACUUAAUUCAGUCUCCAAUUCUCGUUUCUUCUUGUCAUAUAGCUGUUUCAAGUGUGACAUCUAUUCUCUGGUGGAGGUUUUUUUUUUUUUUUUUUGGACAGGGUCUCUGCAUAGCACUGGCUGUGGCUAUCAGCUAUCCUGAAACUCUCUGUGUAGAUAUGUACACCAGGCUGCCUUGAACUCACAGAGAUCCACCUGCCUCUGCCCC